GGUCCACGGGGGCUUUGAGGCGUCACUGGUUAUUUUAGGAGGGGGGAUUUGUCUGGACAGUAGAGAUGCUUGGUGGGGGAACUGGUCAGUAUUUAACCCAGCCCGUGGGAGUCCGUCCUGCCAGUAUCAGAGGACGCUACACGACAGAACUCAAGGAUGCCAAACUGGGGUGGGGGAGCCAAGUGCUCUGCCUGUGAGAAGACUGCGUACCACGCAGAGGAGAUCCAGUGCAACGGACGGAGCUUCCAUAAGACCUGCUUCAUCUGCAUGACCUGCAGGAAAGGACUGGACAGUACAACGGUCGCAGCACACGAGUCGGAGAUCUACUGCAAGUCCUGCUACGGCAAGAAGUACGGGCCAAAAGGCUACGGCUAUGGAGGGGGGGCCGGAGCGCUGAGUUCAGACCCCCCCAGGAAGGAUCUGGAUCUGGAUCCUCAAGAUGGCGUCAAACAGAGACCGCCAAACACAAGCACAAGCACAAACCCCAGCAAAUUUGCGCAGAAGUUUGGCAGCUCCGACCAAUGCCCUCGGUGUUCCAAGGCCGUGUUCGCAGCAGAGAAGAUCAUGGGAGCAGGGAAGCCUUGGCAUAAAACCUGUUUCCGCUGUGCCUUGUGUGGGAAGAGUUUGGAGUCUACCACAGUGACCGAUAAGGAUGGAGAGCUCUACUGUAAAGUGUGCUACGCUAAACACUUUGGGCCCAAAGGAUUCGGGCUGGGGAAUGCCGCCAUGAUAGAGGAAAGACCCCUUUAAGAACAUCAACAUGCAUUGUUGUUUAGAGCAGUUCACUUUUGAUUUCUUUUUUUUUAACAUUUCAUUUAAUCAUUUAAUUGCUGCUUUCCAAAACAAAACAAUUAAAGUUGCCUCAUUAUGUUGAAAUGAAUAA